GAAAUAUUUAAUAAUUUUGAAAUGAUUUUGCAAAAAUUCCAAUUAAAUUUAAAAUUCAAAUUAAACAUAAGUCGUUUACACUUAUACACGGUGGUGUUGUACAGUAUGCUGGCGUUGAACAUUACAAUUACGUUUUUUGUAAUCUAUUUGCGGUACAUAAAAUCCUUGAACGCAAUACGUCUAUUGUUGGCCCAGUAUAGUGAGUUUAUUCUGAAACUAAAACUCACCGAAUAUGCUCUGUUUCUUGUCAUUAUAAUUGUCAUUCAAUUGCAUUUGAACGUUUUCACCAAGCAUUAUGUGAGACAUACAAUACCACGACUGAAGUGUAUGCCAGAAGGACGAGAACAAGAUGAAAUAUUACAUGUUAUUGGGAUACUGCAGGAUAUUCAUUAUUUACUUAUUUCCAAUGUAAAUAACUUGGAACACUAUUUUGCCUGGAGUCUGCCCAUGUUGAUAUUGAAAAUGUUUUCGGAAAUCGUAUUGACCUCAUAUUGGAUAUAUUUUAGUGUGGAUUUUAAAAUAAAUCUUUAUUUUCAAUUGUAUGGCUACUCCGUCAUAGUCUUGCAUAUAAUAAUUGUAUUUGUUAUAAGCUGUUUAUGCUCAAAAUGCGAAAAGUUGGAUGCGGUGUUUUCAAAUAUUUUCCACAUGACAAAACACGAAAGAUACAAUCCGUUCUUAAAUGCACUACUGAAGGAAAUGUCUUUGCAAAUAUUCCAUCAAAAAAUUCGUUUUACCGCAGGUGGUUUUAUUGAUGUGAACUAUAAACUAUUUGGAAAGUUUCUUUUUGCAACUGUGUGCUAUGUUGUCAUCUUGAUACAGUUCCAUAUGUCGGUUUAAAGAGGCCCAAGAGUUCAAAAAAG